CCCGCCGCCAUCUCGGCUCCGCCGCGGGGCCGCCGCCGCCGCCGGCGCUUCCCGCUGAUGAAAUCCCAUGUAAUGCUAAACCUGGUGCGGGACUAAUGAGCAGGUUAAGGAAGAGCAUUUGUGUCAAGUUUAGGCGUCAUCCGGCCCUGUUGUGCCAGGGUCUGUCGGUGCUUUCCGCUCACGCCGCCUGCUCUAAUUCAGGAUAUUGCUUCUCUCUGCCAGCCAGACUUCCUCGGUCAGGAUACAAGACUAGGCAAAAUGUUUUUAACAACAGUAUUACUGCGGAAGGGAAUUCCUGGAAAACAAUGGAUUGGGAAGUACAGGCGACCAAGACAGGUUACCAUUUCGAUGAAGCAAGCAAUGGUCCGAAGGUUGGAAAUUGAAGCAGAGAAUGAAUAUUGGCUCAGCCAGCCUUACCUGACAAAGGAACAGGAAUACAAACACAACUCGGAAGAGAGACGUGCCAAAUGGGAAGCUUUCAAAAGCCAGAAACGAGCCAAGUUUCCUGAGCACAGAUACAUCAGCGAUCAUUUAAACCACUUAAAUGUGACAAAGAAGUGGACAUGUUGAAUAACACAGCAUAUUUAUAUUUGUCACAGGCCGUGCACUACCCUGGGAUCUGCUCUCGUACCUGUUAUGGUGUUUCACUGUAAUUCGGGUGGGUGACAAAUGAGAUGUUGCUGUGGUGUACAAAAUACUACAUUAAAAGUAGUCCCCUGGAA